UAAAAAUAUUCAUAUUUAUAAAAUAAAUAAAAUAAAUCAUACCUAAAUAUUUCUCGGUAACUGGAAAAUAUUUUUAACACGAUGAAGCUCGAAUAAAUCUUGGUUGUUAGUCAUAUCAGUGUGAGCAAACGUGUCUAUGAACGUACCGGAAUUUCCGGCGCCUCCAUCAUUAGUGCCGAUAUCAUCUUCAUCAGCUUCAGCUUCAGCUGCAACCUCAGUGGGGUUGAUCAGAGAGUCCGCGUACAAGAACAGCAAACACCUCGCGGGUAGUUGGCGUGCCAAUGAUUUAUCAGGAGAAAAAUCCUUCACUCGGGGGAUUUCCGUGUCACAGUUAUCAUCCGGGCCUAUCACUGGGAUCAGAAGGAACUUACCCUCACGUAGACGUGCGCACCGGCUUGCGCGUAUCGGAAACUCGGUACAUCCACGAGUUGUCACGAAAGAAUCGUCGCGAGUUAAUCGUCCACGUGUCACUGAGCUGAAAGUUAGUAUGACUGAGAGGCGUGAAGACGACGAAGAUGAUGCUGACGUUGUUUGUGCAUCAGGUAUACUUAAUAACUGCACUCCCGUGUCCUUGGACUCGCGAACUAUAUCUGAAGAUUUGACAAUUGAAUUGAAAGACCAGCAGACAAAUGAAACUGUCGGGAUGCCAUUUAUCAAGACUAUUGGAAUCCAGACACACGAGCGAGAAGGUCCUUACUGGUUGCGAGUCUUUCCAAAAUUAAAAGACAUAAUAGAGGAGGAGGAAGGCGAAAAUUCCCGGACUUGCUCGAAAAUUUGGAAGCAUUUACGGUUCUUAGGAAGACUAUCCAUGUGUCAAUUCGGUCUUGCGUGGCUUUUAACUUUCUGGGCGAUCGCGGGAGCCGCGGCGUUUUACGCGACAGAAGGACCGCGUGAAACCAAGCAAGUAGCCGAACUUAAGGACAUGCAGCGGGAUUUGGCUGUCGGCUUGGCCACCGAGUUGCGUCAAUUAAAAGCCAGUGAAGAAGAAAUGGAGCCCCUCUGGAGUAACAAAGUUCGACAGUAUGUCGCGAAGCAUGAAAAACUUUUACUCGCUGCGGUUAACUCCGGGUAUGGCGAAGGGGGUGAGAGCGGAGAACUCUGGACAUUUUCUGGUUGUAUACUCUUCGCUAUAUCGCUUCUCACUACAUUAGGGUUUGGAGCGCCAGUUCCUCGGACAACUCCCGGCCGAACAGUAGCUGUAGUAUUUGCAGCGAUCGGAAUUCCAGCGCAUUUUCUCCUAAUUUUCAAUCUAGGUCUUCUUCUUGCCGUACGUCUUCAGCAAUACGCCGUGCGCAAAAGGUACGGCGCUGAUCACGACGUAGAAGCUAUUGAAAGAUUACCUGUCCCACAAUGGGUCAAAAUUUUUCCCUUUAUUCUGAUUGCCGGAUACUACCUGCUAGGAAUAAUCGGGUUCGGUGCCGGAAGGUCAAGACCACUGGCAGCGUCUCUUCUCUUCCCUUUGGACUUCACAGCGGCUGGUGGUCUAGCGUCAACUUCGGGGUUCGUUAGAAUAGCCUACGGACUAUAUCUCGAAGGAGCUGUCACUAUAGCCGCUGUAACAGUGGCAGCUCUUCGUGUCUCUGCCUCUGAAAGCCUCACAAAUAUCGGACGCAAGUACGGCCUGCUGGUUGAGGCUUAGUGUGUCAAGCUGCGAUCAAUGAUAAAGAUUUAACCUUGGAAAAAAGCAAUAGCGUGACUAAGAUUCCUCGAUAGGGAGUGGUCACGCGGACGGUGUUACUGUUACCUGUGGUGGUUCGCCACCAAUCCCAUGACAGGUCUCCAGCACAAGGGACGAGAUGUGACCUCGUAUAUAAAGACUUAACAGUGAUGAACACUGACUUUAUUUAUCUAAUUAAAUUAUAUUUAAUUUAAUUAAAUACAAAGUCAUUUUUUCUACCAAAUAUUGUAUUGUUUGGCAGUGGAUCAAUUUAGAUCUGUGCGUGUAUAUUAUGCAAUUGUAUAGUACUUAUAUAAAUACUGUUUGUUUUAUUUUAAAAA